AUGGAAAACUCGAAAGGAAUCAUACCCGAACCUCUAAAUGUCAGGAAGCGAGACGACACACUCCCCAAAAACAACCAGAACGCCGGAACAACCAACAAAGCAGAGCAUAAACCCCCAGAAAAAGACCCAGACCCAUUAAAAUCUCCGGAAUCCAGCCCCUCGCGAGACGCACGAAGAGGUUGUUUACCAUGCUACUAGUAAGUCAACCUCCCUACCAAUCUUCCUCAGCCCUAAUAUGAUAGACAUCUAAUAUAGAUAGCAUCCACGAACGAUGUUCUCUCCGCGAUACACCGAGCGUUCCUUGUACAAGGUGCCAGCAGAAAAGUCUUGAAUGCGUCAUGUAUCCUAGUCCUAACGGUCCUAGAGAUCCGGAGAGGGGAUUCACUGCCCCUCGUUCUAUGGAGUCGAAAACUAGGGAGGAGAGUGGUGUUGUGAGGGGACCUAGUGUGAGGCCGAGGGGCCCGAGGGCGAGAUCUGGGGAGGGGGGUGAGGAGGGUGGGUGA